AAUGGUGGGUCAUAGGAAGUUUCGGUUUUCACAGCACCUGAUGCGACAUUAAUGAAUGUCUAACUGAGGUUAAUUACAAUCUCCUACACUUUGCCAUGAUCUCAACAAAUAACUUGGAGCAUAUGGCAGAAGUGGAGCUGCAGAAAGAGGAAGAAGAGAAGGGACAGUUGGAACGGCACCCUCUAGCGCCAUCCAGUGGAGAUGCUUGUCAGGAUAAGUCCCAUCCCUACUAUGAUGUUGCACGUCAUGGCAUCCUCCAAGUUACAGGUGAUGAUAAUUAUGGAAGAAAGCUUAUUAUUUUCAGUAGCUGCUGCAUGCCUCCAUCACACCAGCUCAAUCACCAUAGACUACUAGAGUAUCUGAAGUACACAUUAGACCAGUAUGUCGAAAGUGAUUACACAGUGGUCUACUUUCACUAUGGCUUAAGCAGCAGCAACAAACCCUCAUUACGCUGGCUCCGAGAUGCUUACCGGGAAUUUGACAGAAAGUAUAAGAAGAACCUAAAAGCCCUCUAUGUCGUCCACCCCACAAAUUUUAUUCGGAUCAUAUGGAACUUAUUCAAGCCUCUCAUAAGCCACAAGUUUGGCAAGAAGCUAAUCUAUGUGAACUAUCUGGCGGCGCUCAGAGAACAUCUCAACUAUGAACAGCUCAUCAUUCCGCAAGAUGUAUUAAGGCAUGACGAAAAGCUCCGUGUAGCUCAGAAAGGAGGACCGCCCCCUGCUGUGAAGACCCCGCCCCCUCGACCUCCUCUGCCCACACAGCAGUUUGGCGUGAGCUUACAGUACAUUAGAGAGAAGAACAGUGGUGCACUGAUACCGCCUGUGAUGCAUCAGACUGUGUCAUACAUCAAACAAAACGGGCUGAAAACGGAGGGGAUCUUCCGAAGGUCAGCUCGAGUUCAGCUCAUCAAGGACAUUCAGAAGCUCUAUAACCAGGGGAAGCCCAUUAGCUUUGAGCAGUACCUUGAUGUGCAUGUUCCUGCUGUGAUCUUGAAGACAUUUCUCCGGGAGCUACCAGAGCCCCUGCUCACCUUUGCAUUAUAUGACCAGAUACAAGAUCUUACCAAAGUGGAGAGCAUUUUGCGGGUGUCAAGGUGCAAGAGGAUUGUUGAGUCCCUUCCAGAGCACAACUUCAUCGUUGUUAAGUACCUCGUUUGUUUCCUGCAUAUGGUGUCCCAGGAGAGCAUUGUUAAUAAGAUGAGUCCCUCUAACCUGGCGUGUGUGUUUGGUGUGAAUUUGGCCUGGCCUCGCCAGGAUGUCAUCUCUCUCGAUGCGCUCACUCCCCUCAACAUCUUCACUGAGCUGCUCAUUGAACACUACCAGCCCAUCUUCAGUUCACGCUGCCCGCCCAUCCAGGUGCUCCCCUGACCCGCUCUGGACAGGUUCCAUCACCCCAGACCCUCUCCGGAUCGGUUCUGCCCUCAGCCUGCUCCAGGCACUUAUCACUCAGCCCACUUUUUUUCAUUUACAUCACUGGAUGUGCUAACAGCAUGAAGCAUGGAUUCUCUGGGACCUGCCAAUUCAAGGGCCAAAAGGGUCCGUCAUGCCCUGUAAACCUGCAACUUUGUGCACAUUGUAUGUCUGAGAGGUAAUGAGGCUUUAAAUAUACUACUUGCCGCCUAAUGACCUUGUGACUGUGUUUUGACAUCAUACACUACUUUUGGUUUGAUUUUUGAUAACAGUCUUGGAUAAGAUACUGCCUUACAGACAUCAGCUUGUGCCUGAUUCAUUAUAAAUGAACCACUGAAAGCAUUUACAGCCAACAGUCUGCAUUCCAAAGGCUCAGUGCCUGUGUCCGUGUAUACAUGCAUAUCCUUACAUAACAUUAAUCUCACAGCUUCUUUUUUCUAUUUAAAGUGCUGAAAAAAAAUCAAUUGGCUGUAUAUGAUGCCAAAAAAACAAACAAACAUACGUUUUGAAAACCUCUCGUACCUUAACCACAAACACUACAAGGGCAUCCACUUUUGACUCUUUAAACACAGAAAGCAAAGUAUGUAUCUACCUCUAAUUAACAGCAGCCCUUGGGAUUGCCAUGGCAACAUUUUGCUGGCAGAAGAGGUGCUGGCCUCGCAGGCAUGGUUCAGAGCAUGCUGUAUAUGCAGGAGAACACAUGCACACAGCUACUUCCAAACCAAGCCCAGUACAAGCUUCCCUACAUGCUUCCACAGUCUGGGCAUUUUAAAUCAUUGUAGUUUGUUUGGUGGGAUAUCCCUUCCAAGAAGUAUCUUUAAAAAUGGAAGGUGUCAGGAGUUCCACGAAUUGUGAUUGUUGUAGUUUGAAGAAUGACUGACUGACUUUUUUUUUUUUAAGUUUCGAGUCAUGCUGUUUUUCAUUAUUAAUAGAUAUGCAUUGUUUUGGGUGCUACAAUGGGCAUUUUUCCUCAUAUCUUGGUGUAACCAGCCUGUGUACGUCCAUGGGGGAAAAACUGCAUCUAGUUUUCCUGCAGAAGAGUCAGUGCCCAUUUGAAAAUGAUAAUGUUGCAGAUUUCAUGUUGCUCUUGUGUCCAUUAUACUAUUUGACAUUUUUAAUGUAAUUGUUAUAUUUUACCAGCAUUGGUCCUGAUUGUUUAAUCAACAUUGAUCUAUGUUUCUCUUCCUUUGGCAAAAAACCUGCUCCUCUCACACUAGUGACAAAGCAAAUCAGUUAGAGAGCUGUCAACAUGGAGGUUAAAAAUCAGGUUUUGCGCUCACUAUUUUGAAUCUUCCAUGUAGGGCCACACAGACCAAUAUUUUUGGCUGUCAGAUAUAACUUAUCUGUCCAAGAAGAUGAAGAGCCAGCCAAGGACAUGUGUAUCAUUUUUAGAGACAAUGGUGUUUAUCUACAGGUCAUAAUCUGUUGGAAUGGAAGGUGUGGGGAUUUUUUUUUGUUUGUUUUUUUCUCUGUAGUUUGUGCUGUUGCUAGCAUGAGCAAAUUGAAGUGUGUAAAUAGGUUAAUAGGUUGUUCAGCUUGGUUUUACAUAUACUGAACAUGCCUGUAUUAUUAUUAUUAUUAUUAUUAUUAUUAUUAUUAUCUGUAUUGUGGUGUUGUUUUUAUUUUUGAUAUGUAUGCAUUAUAGAUUAAGGACUUGUGUAAUUUUAGGAAAUUAAGUAGAUGAAUAUUUGUAAGAAAAAUCUGGGAUCUUCAAUAAACUUUGUGGUCUCAGCAAAGUGAAAUGUGCAUGUUCAGAAUUUUUUAUUCAUUUUUUUUUUCUUUUCUUAAUUUUUAUAUGACAAAAUGCGUCUACAUGCUAAUUGGGUUCCUUUUUUCAUUUUAAAAUGCACACAAUAUACUGAUGAUUUAUCAUGGUCUACUGAAUUAACUGUACGAAUCACACAAUACAUACAUGUAACAGUCAUUUUCCAUGUUUUUCUGUGUUUAUUAUCGAUUCAGUUUUCAUUAAGAACUUGGUACAAAAAAGUGAGACUACUCUUUACCAUUUACCAACUUCCAUCAAUCAGUUUUGAAUGUAUCAUAAAGAAAAAUAACUACAUUGGCAUAUGUAAGACAAACACUUUCCUAUACAUACUAUCCACUGGACAGCCCCCUUUCAUAAUUAAUGACAAAGAAUAAAAGCACUACUUUCACAGUCCAAAGACAUCCACCUAAAAGUUGCCUUCCCUUCUCGAUUUCUUUUUGCUUUGCUACCUUCUCCUCAUAGCAAAAGGAUACACCACACCGCAAGCUAAAUGCAUAAUUGGCAACCAAUAAAAAAAGUAAUGUUUCUUCUUUUGUCUCGCUUUUCUUUCGUACAUCCAUUGAUAAAAGAAUAUAAAAAAGUUUUUCUUGUUCAACGUAGUGUAGAGUGUAUUAAAAUAGAUCUGUAUAAGCACGGCACAGUUUGUCCCGGAGAAGGUUCUGAAACCAGAGGGAGGGGCUGCCUGGUAGAGGCAGGGACGUGCCUCGCGGUGGGCGGGAAACAAUGUGAGACGGGCACUCUCACUCUGAUA